UGCGGAGCGCAGCCGCCGGAACCCGAGCCGCACGCCCGCGGCCGCAGCUGAGGCUCCGGGAGCGCGUCACCGCGGACCCGGAGCGGCCGGACCGAGAGCCACGGCCGAAGCGCGGCAUGGACGGCGCCCGCUCGCCCUGUGAGAUGGACGGUGAUGGCCGCCUAGACGCCCGAGGGGAGGCCGGGCGCGGCGCGGGGCCGGCGGGCAUGGCGGAGCCGGCGGCGCCCCGGGCGCGGGCGGCGCGGCCCGGGCCGCAGCGCUUCCUGCGCCGCAGCGUGGUGGAGUCCGACCAGGAGGAGCCGCCGGGCCUGGAGGCCGCCGAGGCGCCGGGCGCGCAGCCCCCGCAGCCCCUGCAGCGCCGCGUGCUGCUGCUCUGCAAGACGCGCCGCCUCAUCGCCGAGCGCGCCCGCCGCCCCGCCGCCCCCGCGCCGCCGCCCCGCGCCGCCGCCGCCGCCGCCGCCGCCCCCGCCCCCGGCCCGGAGCCCGAGCCCGCGCCCGCGGGGCCGCAGGACCCCGGCCCGGACGCCCUGCCAGCGCCCGCCCCGGAGGGGCCACCGGAGGAGGCGGCGGAGGCGAGGAAGGAGGACGCGGGGCCGCCUGAGGCCAGGCCGGAGCCCGGGCCCGCCCGCCGGGACGAGCCCGAGGAGGAGGAGGACGACGAGGAUGACCUCAAGGCCGUGGCCACCUCCCUGGACGGCCGCUUCCUCAAGUUUGACAUCGAGCUGGGCCGCGGCUCCUUCAAGACGGUGUACAAGGGGCUGGACACGGAGACCUGGGUGGAGGUGGCCUGGUGCGAGCUGCAGGACCGGAAGCUCACCAAGCUCGAGCGGCAGCGGUUCAAGGAGGAGGCCGAGAUGCUCAAGGGCCUGCAGCACCCCAACAUCGUGCGCUUCUACGACUUCUGGGAGUCCAGCGCCAAGGGGAAGCGCUGCAUCGUGCUGGUGACCGAGCUCAUGACCUCGGGGACGCUCAAGACGUACCUGAAGCGGUUCAAGGUGAUGAAGCCCAAGGUGCUGCGCAGCUGGUGCCGGCAGAUCCUGAAGGGGCUGCUGUUCCUGCACACCCGCACGCCCCCCAUCAUCCACCGCGACCUCAAGUGCGACAACAUCUUCAUCACCGGGCCCACCGGCUCCGUCAAGAUCGGUGACCUGGGCCUGGCCACCCUCAAGAGGGCGUCCUUUGCCAAGAGUGUAAUAGGCACCCCCGAGUUCAUGGCCCCCGAGAUGUACGAGGAGCACUACGACGAGUCGGUGGACGUGUACGCCUUCGGCAUGUGCAUGCUGGAGAUGGCCACCUCGGAGUACCCCUACUCCGAGUGCCAGAACGCCGCUCAGAUCUACCGGAAGGUCACCUGCGGCAUCAAGCCGGCCAGCUUUGAGAAAGUGCAGGACCCCGAGAUCAAGGAGAUCAUCGGGGAGUGCAUCUGCAAAAACAAGGAGGAGCGGUACGAGAUCAAGGACCUGCUCAGCCACGCCUUCUUCGCCGAGGACACGGGCGUGAGGGUGGAGCUGGCCGAGGAGGACCACGGCAGGAAGUCCACCAUUGCCCUGCGGCUCUGGGUGGAGGACCCCAAGAAACUGAAGGGCAAGCCCAAGGACAACGGGGCCAUAGAGUUCACCUUCGACCUGGAGAAGGAGACGCCGGACGAUGUGGCGCAGGAGAUGAUCGAGUCUGGGUUCUUCCACGAGAGCGACGUGAAGAUCGUGGCCAAGUCCAUCCGCGACCGCGUGGCGUUGAUCCAGUGGCGGCGGGAGAGGAUCUGGCCGGUGCUGCAGCCACAGGAGCGGCAGGACCCGGGCAGCCCCGACACGGUCAGGGCUCCGCCCGCGCCCCUGCAGGUCCAGGUGACCUACCACACACAGGCGGUGCCGCCGGAGCCCGAGGAGCCCGAGGCGGACCAGCACCUCCUGCCCCCCGCGCUGCCGGCCAGCGCCACCUCCCUGGCCUCGGACAGCACGCUCGACAGCGGCCAGGGCUCCACCGUGUACUCGGACUCCCAGAGCAGCCAGCAGAGCGUGGUGCUGGGCUCGCUGGCAGACGCAGCCCCACUCACGGCCCAGAGCGUGUGCAGCGCCCCCGUGAGCGUGAGCAUGAGCGAGGGGCUCGUCCUGCCGCACAGCCUGCCCUCGCUGGGGGCCUACCCGCAGCCCGCCACGCCUGGCCUGCCGGCGGGCUCCAUGCCGCCCUCCACCCGCGCUCCGCUCCCACCGCAGCACUUCCCGGAGCCAGCCGUGAGCUUUGCCCCUGUGCUGACCUGCCCAGGCCAGCCCAUGCCCUCUGGCCUCCAGCCUCCCCUGGCCCAGCCAGCACCCCUGCCACAGGUCCUGGCCCCGCAGGUCCUGGCCCCACAGCCCAUGCGCCCUCUGCAGCCGGUGCCCGCUCAUCUGCCGCCGUACCUGGCUUCGACCUCCCAGGUGGCUCCGGCCCAGCCGACGCCCGUCCAGAUGCCACCGGUGCCUCUGCAGCCACUCGCUCACGUCCCCCCGCAGAUGCCCCCACCUCCCGUCAUCCCACCCGCGGCUCCGCUGGCCACCGUGGACAGCCUCCCCUCGGCGCUCCCUGACCUGCCGGCGGCCACUGGGCCCACAGGGCCGCCUCCCUCGCAGUACUUCUCUCCCGCCGUCAUCCUGCCCAGCCUCCCGCUCAGCGCCGCCGGCUCCCUGCCCGCGUCCCCAGCCCUGCCUCUGCCAACGGUCAAGCUUCCCCACGCCGCCGGGGCACCCCUGGCCGUGCCGUGCCAGACCAUUGUGCCAAAUGUGGCGGCCACCGCCACCGCCAUCCCUCUGCUGGCCGUGGCCUCCCAGGGCGUGGCCACGCUGUCCAUCCACCCGGCCGUCCACCCGGCCGUGGCCCAGCUCCCGGCCCAGCCCGUGUACCAGGCGGCCUUCCCGCAGAUGGUGCCCAGUGACGUCCCGCCUUCUCCUCUCCACACGGCGCAGGCAGUGCAGGCUGCCCCUCUGCAGCCGGCACCCCCCGUGCUGCCGCAGCCCCACCUGCCGAGCGCCACCCACCUUCCUGAGCCGGCCGCUGUCCCCCGGGGGGGGAGCCAGGUCCUGCUUGGCCACCCGCCUCCGUACGCUGUGGAUGUCACCGCCCCGGCCCCCACGGGGCCCACUCCUGCCGCCGUCCUCUCCCCGCCUGUGCCAGAAGGGCUGCCCCCCGCUGCCCCUGAGCGCCUGCCGCAGCUCCCCAGCUCGCAGGCCCCUGCGCCCAUGGCUGCGACUUCGAGCUUGCCUGUCCAGGCCACUGUGCUGCCCCCCGCCAACCUGCCCCUGACCAGCGGGCCAGGGCUCUCCGGCCUCAGCUCGGCCGUCCAGCUGACCGUGGACUUGGCUCCCGAGGAGCAGGCCUCCGAGGACGCGCAGCCUGGCCUGCAGAGCUGUGAGAGCUACGGAGGGUCUGACGCCCCUUCUGGGAGGGAGCUGAGUGACAGCGGGGACGGCACCUUUGGAGCAGGGAGGCUGGAAGGCAGGCCGGCCCGGAAACACCACCGCAGGUCCACACGCAUGCGCUCCCGCCCGGAGAGGCUCAGCCGGCCCCGGCUGACCAUCCUGAAUGUGUGCAACACAGGCGACAAGAUGGUGGAGUGCCAGCUGGAGACACACAACCACAAGAUGGUAACGUUCAAGUUCGACCUGGAUGGGGACGCACCUGACGAGAUCGCCACCUACAUGGUGGAGCACGACUUCAUCCUCCAGGCCGAGCGGGAGACGUUCAUUGAGCAGAUGAAGGAUGUCAUGGACAAGGCGGAGGACAUGCUCAGUGAGGACACGGACGCCGACCGUGGCUCCGACCCGGGGGCAAGCCCGCCGCCCCUUGGCACCGGCAGCCUGAGUGCGGGGGAGGAGAAUGGCCAGUCCCGAGCCAACGCCCCGGUGUAUCAGCAGAACGUCCUGCACACGGGAAAGAGGUGGUUCAUCAUCUGUCCGGUGGCCGAACACCCAGCUGCAGACGCCCCCGAAUCUUCGUCCCCCCUUCCUCUGAGCUCCGUGCAGCCAGAAGCCAGCCCAGACCCAGCUCCCUGCAAAGACCAGUCGUCCUUGAAGGAAAAGCCCGGCGCCCCGGCGAGUGUACAGCCUCCGAAGCCACCGGGCUCCGGGGACACCCCCGCGGGCACACAAGCCCCUUCAGUGCCACCCUCCCCUCCUGUGACUGCUGUGCCCCAGGACACGGCCGCACCAGCUGCUGGCCCCAGGCCAGAGCCGGCAAUGGGGGCUGCCGUGCAGGCAGGCGCCCCCGUGACCUCUCAGGGGAUGGCCAACGAAUGUGCUGCACCCCAGCCCCUGGCACAGACUCAGGACGCACAGCUUGCUGCAAGGCCCCUGGAUGUGGCCCCAGGGCCCUGCGCCUCCCCUCCAGCGGCCCCCCAUCACCCUGCAGGCCUCGGGGAGCCCGCCUCAGCCAAGGAGGCCGACACCCGGAUGGAUGCCCCGCCAGCUCCGGCCCCUGUGCCCAGUGCCUCCGGCGAGACCCCUCAGCCUGCCCCGGGCCCGUCCCUCCCUCCUCUCCCCAAUGCGGUGGGAGCUGUCAGCCUGGCUGCCCCCCAGCUCCCAAACUCUCCUCUGGGGCCCAGCACCCUCCCCCAGCCGCUGUCAGCCUUGGAGUCGGACGGGGAAGGGCCACCUCCCAGGGUGGACUUCGUGGACAGCACCAUCAAGAGCCUGGAUGAGAAGCUGCGGACUCUGCUCUACCAGGAGCACGUGCCCACCUCCUCCGCCUCGGCCGGGACCCCGGUGGAGAUGGGAGACCGAGACUUCACCCUGGAGCCCCCGAGAGGAGACCCGCCCUGCACAGAGACCUCCAUGGGGGACCUGGCCCUGCCAGCCCAGCUGGUGCUGGAUCAGCCCGGACUGGCGCUGGGGCCGGCAGCUGCACUGGAGCAGACCACAGCCUCGCCAGGGACAGCAGCUCCUGUGAGCGGCCCGCGGGGCCCCAAGGGAGGCCGGGCAGCCUCGGGCUCACCGGCAGCAGCCAGGGCCCCUCAGGAUGCCCCCACGCCCACCAUCCCUGUGCAUCUGGAGCCCGCAGACCAGCAAGGCCCCCCCGGGGUGCUGGCCCGGGACGGCCAGGCCAGCGCCCCCCAACCCCCUGGUGCUCCGGCCUCAGGGUCCCCCCGGAAGCAGCCGGGGCAGCGGGACGGCGGCUCUCCAGCCAAGACCGUGGGCCGGUUCUCGGUGGUCAGCACCCAGGACGAGUGGACCGUGGGCUCCCCGCACAGCCUGCGGUACUCGGCCCCGCCCGACGUGUACCUGGAGGAGGGGCCCGGCAGCCCGGGCGUGAGGCUGGCCCUGCGGCGGGCGCAGACGGCCUCCGCCCUGGAGGUCUGCCAGGAGCCCCCGUCCAGCGACUCGGGGGACGAGCGCGCGCCCGGGAGGCCGCCGGCGCCCAAGCCGGGCGCCCUGCCCCGCAGCAGCGGCAGCUCGGCCGGCGACUUCGUGAGGAAGGCCGCGGCCCUCCUGCACAGGUCGGCGGGGGCUGGCCCCCCGGGCCCCGAGGCCCCCCGCAGGGCGGGCGUGAAGGUCCCCACCAUCAGCGUGACCUCCUUCCACUCCCAGUCGUCCUACAUCAGCAGCGACAACGACUCGGAGCCCGAGGACGCGGACAUCAGGAAGGAGCUGCAGAGUCUGCGAGAGAAGCACCUGCGGGAGAUCUCAGAGCUGCAGAGCCAGCAGAAGCAAGAGAUCGCAGCGCUGUAUCACCGCCUGGGCAGGCCCCUGCCCCCGAACCUGGGGCUCCUGCACACGGCCCCACCCGCCGGCCGCCGGAGGAAGGCCAGCAGGAGCAAGCUGAAGGCCGGGCGGCUGCUGACCCCACUGGUGCAGCAGCUCAAGGUCGUGGCCUCCAGCACAGGUCACUUGUCAGACUGCAGCCGCGCCCCUCUGGCCCAGGACCCCGCCAGGGCCGGGGCCGGGCCCACCACAGCGGCAGACUCCGGUGGGAAGGCAGUGCAGACCCAGCAGCCUUGCUCCGUGCGGGCCUCCUUGUCUGCAGACAUCUGCUCCGGCUUAGCCAGUGACGGGGGCGGAGCCCACGGCCCAGGCUGGACGGUUUUCCACCCAACGUCUGAGAGAGUGGCCCAUAAGUCUAGUAGCAAACCUCGCGCUCGAUUCCUCAGUGGACCCGUGUCUGUGUCCAUCUGGUCUGCCUUGAAGCGUCUCUGUCUAGGCAAAGAGCACAGCAGUCGGUCCUCCACCAGCAGCCUGGCCCCGGGCCCCGAGCCGGGCGCCCCCGCCCCGCACGCCCAGGCGCAGGUGAACAACAGCAACAACAAGAAGGGCACCUUCACGGACGACCUGCACAGGCUGGUGGACCAGUGGGCCAGCCAGGCGGCCGGGGCCCCGCCGCUGAAGCCGUCGCUGAACCAGCUGAAGCAGACGCAGAAGCUGCAGGACAUGGAGGUGGCCGCCAGCUGGCCCCCAGCCUCCAGCGAGGUUCGGGCUGUAAGUGGGAUGAACACACCUCGAGCAGCAGUGGGGACACCAUUUCUGGCCCUGGCGUCCGGCCCUCUACCCACCACGGUCAUUCCUGGAACUGCCCUGGCCCUACCCGUGCCCAUGCCAGAUUCUGAGAGUGAGAAGCCCAGCUGAGCCCAGGCGGGCUGACCGACCCAACGCCAGGCCCAGGUCGUCCCGUUCGGAGAAGGCGAGUCCGCGCCUCGUGGCGGCGCACACUGUUUUGUAAUCACUUUCUAAGCAUUUUUUUAUUCACAAUUGGAAACACAAAUGUAAUGCAAGAAUAAAAAAUAUUUUGGGGGAAAAAGGA